AGGCUGCUGCGAGGGACUGGGUGAUGCUGUGUGGCUGGAGAGGACACUGGGCGUGAGUCCUGCUCCCUGGGUGGCUCGGGUGUCGGAGGCCGGUACCAGUGCAGCGCCUCUCCCAGCUCUGGCGCUCUCCCGGGUGCGACUUAACAUAAGACAGAUUGGUAGAAAAUGGCUGGCACUUUAUCCAGAUAAAUCACUGCACCCCUCCCUGAAAAUCAUCAUCAGGAGCAUUUUGAAUAGUGUCUGAGAAAGCAACUCAGAAAAGCAAAAUGAUCCUCAACUCUUCUACUGAAGAUGGUAUUAAAAGAAUCCAAGAUGACUGCCCCAAGGCUGGCAGGCACAAUUACAUAUUUGUCAUGAUCCCUACUCUCUACAGCAUCAUCUUUGUGGUGGGAAUAUUUGGAAACAGCUUGGUGGUGAUUGUCAUUUACUUUUACAUGAAGCUGAAGACCGUGGCCAGUGUUUUUCUUCUGAAUCUUGCCCUGGCUGACUUAUGCUUUUUGCUGACUUUGCCACUCUGGGCUGUCUAUACUGCUAUGGAAUACCGCUGGCCCUUUGGCAAUCACCUUUGUAAGAUUGCAUCAGCCAGUGUCAGUUUCAACCUUUAUGCCAGUGUGUUCCUGCUCACCUGUCUCAGCAUCGAUCGCUACCUGGCCAUUGUCCACCCAAUGAAGUCUCGCCUCCGCCGCACAAUGCUGGUGGCCAAAGUCACCUGUAUCAUCAUCUGGCUGCUGGCUGGCUUGGCCAGUUUGCCAGCCGUCAUCCACCGAAAUGUGUAUUUCAUCGAGAACACCAACAUAACAGUUUGUGCUUUCCAUUAUGAAUCUCAGAACUCAACCCUCCCCAUAGGGCUGGGCCUGACUAAGAACAUUCUGGGCUUCCUGUUCCCUUUUCUGAUCAUUCUCACCAGCUAUACUCUAAUUUGGAAAGCCCUAAAGAAGGCUUAUGACAUUCAGAAGAACAAGCCAAGAAAUGACGACAUCUUUAGGAUAAUUAUGGCUAUUGUGCUUUUCUUUUUCUUUUCCUGGGUUCCCCACCAAAUAUUCACUUUUCUGGAUGUCCUGAUUCAGCUGGGUGUCAUCCACGACUGUAAAAUCUCUGACAUUGUGGACACUGCCAUGCCCAUCACUAUCUGCAUAGCUUAUUUUAACAACUGCCUGAACCCUCUGUUUUAUGGCUUUCUGGGGAAAAAAUUUAAGAAAUAUUUUCUCCAGCUCCUGAAAUACAUUCCCCCAAAGGCCAAGUCCCACUCAAGCCUGUCUACAAAAAUGAGCACUCUUUCCUACCGCCCUUCGGAUAACAUGAGCUCAUCAGCCAAAAAGCCUGCGUCCUGUUUCGAGGUGGAGUGACAGGUCCAGAGUCUGCUGGUGAAUUAGUGUCCUGACAGAAGCCAGGGCACCAUCCAACAAGACAGCACACCACCAAAGGAACACUCACCCCUGCCUCAGGAUCUAAGCAGAAGAUGCACUGAGUGGACUGCAGAUGUGUUCUAGAACUAUGAAAGAAAGGUUUGACAAGCAACCAAGCAGAGCCACUCCGUGCCACAUCUUGCAUUAAUAGAUGAUGGCUGCCCAAAGGAAGAGUCAGGAACUGGAUGGAUUUGUGGGUCUGGAAAACAUUUGCUGGCAGAAAUGCAGUCUCCUCCAUCCCCUCUUGCUAUGUUCCUUUUGAUUUCCACAUGAAGGUAUGUAGAACAUGUUAAAUAUUUAGACAAGCAACAAGAAGCGAGAGGUCAAGAUUAUUUGUUCUGCUCAAUUUCCAAAGGACAAAGAACCUUUUUUUGUCCCUUUGGUCAUUAGUAAUGGCGAUCCACUUGUCCCUGUUCCUACACAUAUUGUGCAAAGAUUUGCUAAGCUGUAGUCAUCAAGUUUCAGGACCCCUUUGUAAAAUUCAGCUAGUGUCUUACAAUUGUCCACUGCCCCCAAACAAUGCCAGCUAGUGGUGUAUUUAUGUAGCAGUGUUACCAAAGUCACACAUCAAAGUCAAACUGCUUGUAGUAACUGUGACUUCCUAGGUACACCAGCUUUAUUUCACAUUUAAAAAUUGUAUACAGUUGGUGGUGAAUAGACUAUAUAUCAUAAAAUCUGCCUUGCUCUCUAAAAAAGUAUAUAUUCUCUACAUAUAUGUACACCUAUAUCUCUAAACUGUCAUUUGAUGAAAAUCUGGCAAUGUUGUUUACCUCAAAAUAAAGUAAUUUUAUUGU